GACGAGAGCGGUCGUGUUUGGUGUGUUCGGUUUUAAGUUGACUGGGUAACUGCUUUUCACGGUUGUGCGCGUGGCUGUUCCAUUCCUUGUGGUGGUAAUUGUGCGAGCUGAUCUCGAUCUUCAUGUGACUAUGGUGAGAGCUGAUCUCUUCAUCGAUGUCUUUCUAGCCGAAUUAACUUCUUUUUCUCUUUGACCUACGAAUUGCAUAUGUAUAGAUUUUAUGAGCAUCUGAUGGUGUCCUUUUUCUCGACGAGUCCAGAACUUUCGAACAAGCAGCGUUUCGAGUAUUUUACAAGGACCAUACCGAGUGACCACUAUCAAGUAAAGGCUAUGGUGGAUAUCGUAAGAAAAAUGCGCUGGAGCUAUGUUUCCAUCAUUUACGAGGAGAGUAACUACGGCAUAAAGGCUUUCGAGGAGCUGGAAGAUUUACUCGCAAAAUACCAAAUUUGCAUCGCGAUCAAAGAGAAGCUUGUAAAAGAUUCAGGAGUCGCUGAAGAAAUAGCUUAUGACAACAUUGUACAAAAGCUGUUAACGAAACCACGAGCAAGAGGGUGCAUCAUUUUCGGUUCAGAUCAGGAAGUUGCAGGAGUAAUGAGAGCAGUUAGACGAUGUAAUGCAACUGGAGCAUUUUCCUGGAUCGGGAGUGAUGGCUGGAGCGCUCGAGGACUGGUGAGCAACGGAAAUGAACCGGAAGUUGAGGGUACACUGUCAGUGCAACCUCAAGCCAAUCCGGUAAAAGGGUUUGAAGAAUAUUUCCUGAAUUUGACAGUUGAAAAUAACAAGAGAAAUCCCUGGUUUGCUGAAUUCUGGGAAGAUCAUUUUCAAUGUCGUUACCCAAAUGCAUCCUGGACGCCGUACAACCAAAAGUAUACGAAACCUUGUACUACGAAAGAGCGUCUGACAAAAGAGAAUACGGCAUUUGAGGAUCAACUUCAAUUCGUUUCUGACGCUGUUUUGGCAUUCGCUUACGCCUUCCGAAACAUGCACAAAAAGCUUUGUCAUGGAAAGAAAGGACCUUGUGAUGCAAUGCGACCCACAAAAGGAAUAGAACUUUUGCAAUAUUUAAAAAACGUAGAAUUCGAAGGUUUAAGUGGUGACGAAUUUAAAUUUGACGCCAAUGGUGACGGGCCAGCUAGGUACAACAUCAUUCAUUUUAAACAGACUUCUCCAGGAGUAUAUAAUUGGAUUAGAGUAGGAAAAUACCUUGAUGGAAAAUUGCUACUAAACAUGUCAGAGGUUCAAUUUAAACUCGGACAUCCCCAGCCACCGGAAAGCGUUUGUUCAUUGCCCUGCGAAGAUGGUCAGGCUAAGAAGUACGUCGAGGGUGAGAGAUGUUGCUGGCAUUGUUUCAAUUGCACACAAUAUCAGAUACGAGAUCCAUUUGAUGAAACCCAAUGCAUUAUGUGCGCCCAAGGAACCGUUCCUGAUGAAACACAUACUAUUUGUCGAGAUAUACCUGAAGAGUUCCUAAGACCCGAAAGCGGAUGGGCCAUUGGUGCCAUGUCUUUUUCUGCAUCAGGCAUUAUGAUGACGCUUUUCGUUGCAGGUGUAUUUUUAAAAUUCAAUGACACACCAGUUGUUCGAGCUUCCGGUAGAGAAUUGUCUUAUGUUCUUUUAUCUGGUAUAUUACUGUGUUACCUUGUGACAUUUACUUUAAUACUUAGACCUUCUGACAUCGUUUGUGGAAUCCAAAGAUUUACAGCGGGAUUUUGCUUUACUGUAGUGUAUGCAGCUUUGCUGACGAAAACUAACAGGAUAUCUCGGAUCUUCAACGUCAACAAGCACAGCGCAAAGCGCCCAUCCUUUAUCUCCCCGAAAUCUCAACUGAUAAUCUGUACGGGGCUUGUGAGUGUACAAAUCCUGAUCAAUGGCGUCUGGAUGAUAAUUGAUCCUGCGAGAGCGAUGCAUCAUUAUCCAACCAGAGAGGAUAAUUUACUCGUCUGCAAUAGUUACAUUAACGCCAGUUACAUGAUCGCCUUCACCUAUCCAAUAAUACUCAUUGUUAUUUGCACUGUGUACGCUGUACUUACCAGGAAGAUACCAGAGGCAUUUAACGAAAGCAAACACAUCGGUUUUACGAUGUAUACCACAUGCGUUAUAUGGCUUGCUUUUGUCCCUCUCUACUUUGGCACCGGAAAUCACGUGGCUCUGAGGAUUACCUCGAUGUCGAUAACAAUCAGCCUCUCGGCUUCCGUGACGAUAGCUUGCCUCUUCAGUCCAAAGCUCUAUAUUAUUUUAAUUCGUCCUGAGAGAAAUGUGAGACAAAGUAUGAUGCCUAAUAGGCACAAUACAACAAAAAGUUCUGCGAUGACUGACGCAUCAAAUUUGAUGGCACCUGUCACCUUAACAGCAGUUACCUGUGAUCAAAAUAAGGCUUUCAAAAAACAUAUUAUUUCUACGGCAGAUAACUCUACACAAAGCGAAAAUUACGAGAUGGAAUCAAUGAAUAAAAAGAACGGAAAACCACCACCUUCGCUGAUCUCACGUUCGACUCAGACUUUAGCGAACAACAACGAAGGUGAUUCGAAUUCAAUAACGUCCAUGGUAUCUAAGGAAGCAAAUAAGGACUGCAAAGAAAAUUUAUUUCUUGCAAAAGAAUUGAAUGCAAGGAUAGGAAAUGGACCUGUAAGCCAAAAUGAGGUUCCUUUAUAGCGGGGAAAUAUUUCUCAGAUAGAGGCAAACCUAAAGCCAAUCUCAAAGAAACCCGUGAUCGUAUAAUAAAUCAUUAAAUUAAUUAGCUAAUUAACGAAAUUAAAUUCAACAAGCGACAAGGUGAGCACGAUUUAUAGACUGCAUCAAACUUAUAACAAAACGCGACAAGUAAUUUUAGUAUAGCAGGUUUCAUCUAUCAGAAAAGGUUGAUUAUUUGUGUAAAAAUUUAACUAAUCGGACAAGUAAAGCAAAUUUCAAUAAAACAAUCGAAUCGAAAUAAGCUGACUGCGAAGAAUUUAUCAAAAACAGAUGGAAUUUAAAAAACAGAAAUUUCAUUUUGAAUUGAGAGUAUUUAAUGAUUGUUCCAUUUUUGGUUACAGGGUUGCUACAAAAUCCCAAUCUCAAAAUUCCUUUACUUUUUCCCUUACCACAA